UUGUAAUUGUACACGAUUUUUCCCUCCCCUGGUCUGAAGCAGCCUUCCGGGACCCAGCUGCAUCCGUAUCAGUCUGUGUCAGGGUUUUCCUCUGUAGUGCUGCAGUUUGAUGUCGCCCAGCAGACAGCGCCGACCGCUCUCUCCAAACACAGCCUCAUUUACCAUCCUUUAUGUUUAACAGACAACAUGGCCUUCACUGCGCAGUGGUUGGCGGCUGGUCUUGCGCUAUUGUGCAUUUGUGGAACAGCUGAAUCCAAAAGGAAUUUUAAAUGUCCUUCAGGGUGCUCCUGCUCCAAGGAGACCAUCAUCUGUGUCGGUACGUCCCAGAUCCCCCGGACUGUGCCGAAUGAGAUCAACUCAUUAAGCAUAGUUAAUGGAUCCAUUGCGGAAAUCACAGAGGGGAUGUUUUCACUUAUGCCAUCUCUUCAGCUGUUGCUUUUUAAUGCCAAUUCUUUAACCACAAUCAAAGAUUAUGCUUUCUCCGGUCUGUCUCAACUUGAGUAUUUAUUCAUUGAAGAAAACAAGAUUGAAACAAUCAACAAAAAUGCCUUUCGAGGUCUACGGGCUUUGACUCAUCUCUCCCUUGCAAAUAACAAGAUGAGAUUUCUGCCAAGAGAUCUGUUCUUUGACUUGGAUUCCUUGCUGGAACUGGAUCUGCGAGGCAACUCUUUCCAGUGCAGUUGUGAGAACAAGUGGCUGAUGACGUGGUUGAAAAACACAAAUGCCACAGUAUCAGAUGUCAUGUGUGCAGGCCCCAGUGACAUGAAGGGCAAGCGUCUCAAUGACCUUCCUAUCCCACCAGGCGAAUGUAUUUCCACAGACUUUGUGCGUCAUCAGUCUAUUCCCAUUCAGUCCAUGUCAGCAGACAUCUUCUCCUUCAAAGAGGACAUCUAUGUGGUGAUGGCUGCCCCAAACUCCAACAGCUGCAUGAUCAUGGAAUGGGAUCACAUUGAAAUGAAUUUCAGAAAAUUUGACAAUAUAACAGGUAAAUCUGUCGUUGGAUGCAAGUCAUUCCUGAUUGAAAAUCACGUCUUGAUAAUAGUCACCCAGCUCUUUGGUGGCUCCCAUAUUUACAAGUUUGAUGAAAAACAAAACAAGUUCACCAAAUUUCAGAGUAUUGAGGUCUUCAACAUCUCAAAGCCUAAUGAUAUGGAGAUCUUUCAAAUGGAUGGGGACUGGUAUUUUUUGAUUGUGGACAGUUCCAAAGCAGGCCUCUCUACUCUUUACAAGUGGACUGACCAACCAGACCGCAAUGAAACAGGUUUCUAUUCCUACCAGUUUCUCCAUGAAUGGUUUCGUGACACUGAUGCUGAGUUUGUUGAGGUGGACGGCAAGUCUUAUCUAAUUCUAGCUAGUCGCUCCCAGUCCCCCAUCAUCUACCUAUGGAAUAAGAGUACCAUGAAGUUUAUACUUCAUGGUGAAGUCCCAAACGUCGAUGAUGUGGUGUCAGUCAAAGCCUUUCGGGUGGAGGGAGACUGGUAUUUGGCCUUGGCUUGCUACAUCGGUGAUUCCAAAGUCCUCAAGUGGGCCAACAAGCAGUUCACUGAGGUACAGGCUCUUCCCUCUCGAGGAGCCAUGAUACUCCAGCCUUUCACCUUUGGAGACAGACAGUAUCUUGCUCUCGGCAGUGAUUAUUCUUUCACACAAAUCUACCUCUGGGAUGUAGAUACUAAAACAUUUCACAAGUUCAAGGAUAUUUAUGUGCAGUCACCCAGGUCAUUUACUGUGGUGACCACUGACCGGAGGAGUUUCAUCUUCUCCUCCAGCCUAAAGGGAAAGUCAAUGGUUUUUGAGCAUAUUUUUGUAGAUCUAAGCUUAUAAAUGGCUUUAUAGGCCACUCAGCUCAGUAAUGUGUGUAUGCUACAAAGGGGUUGCACAUGUUGUAUAAUCUUACUCAAGCAGAAGGAUAGAUAAUUCUUGAUUCAUGACAAAAAUAUAAAGAACGUUUUUUCAUUAAAUCAUUUAAAUUUAAUGCAAUUAUGGACCGAUGUACGAACAAAGCUAGAUUGAGGUCUCAAAGCAUUUAAUUAAAGCAAAUUUCUGAAAUGGAAGUGCAUGAAAAUAAUGUUAUGGCAAAUCAGAUAUAUCCUUACAACAUGUUUGCCUUUCUAAUAAACCUGACAAGAAACAAUAGCUAAAGCAGAGAGGGUCCAUAGCUGUCAUACCAAAUCUGUCCAUUAGGAAUCAUAACAAUUUAAAACCCAUCACAUGUGAUUUGUUAUAGUGAUAAGUUGACACUAAGUUGACACUAUUAUCUCACCAAAUCUUUGGGAAAAAAUGUUUAUAUCUCAAAGUUAACAAAUGGACAUAGAUACGGAAUAUAAUUACUUAUGGAAAACAUGGAAAUUUCCACAUGCAUGGAAGUGACAGAGUGGGAAAGCAAUAAUAACGGUCUGAGUGUGAAUCUGGAAGGUAUUCCCUAAAAGUGACAGGAGAUAUUGUUUAAAAAAUAAAAUUAGGAGCUCAAGCUUUAGGCCUUUACCUUCCGCAUGCUUAAAAAAUUGUCAAAUAAAUAAAUAUUAAGCUGUGGCACAAAAAGUAAUGACAUUGGAAGAUUGUAUGAAAGUGUUUCAGAUGCAGCUUGGCACAUGAAAAUGAACAAACUGUCAGAUAAUACUCAAAAAUGCUCUUAAUUCAUUAGGUGAGAGAAGAAAAAUUUGUGUCUGUACAGAUUUUGAUUCCAUCUCAUUCCAAUAACUGUGACAGUAUAGCUGACGACUAAAGGUGCAGAAGAAGGGUGUUCAAAUCAAAAUAUAGCAGCAUGUAGUAGAUAAAUAUUCUGAAUUUAAGUGUACAAUAUUUACUAGAAGCAAAUGUAUAAUCAUGCUACUCAGUGCCUGGUUAAUAGCCAAAUAGUAUAUUUACUACUCAUCUACUCUUGAUCCCUAUGCAAAAUGUAUAACACUGGGUGUUUGUACUGAUUUACAGUUACAAGUUGUGGGUUGCUGUAGGGUAUAUAACUUGAAAUGCAGCUUUGAUGAAAAUAUUUUCACUAAGCUACAAAUGUGUGCCCUUUUCUUUGAAUAUAAUGUUAAAUAUUUUUUCUCUGUAGGAUAGAUUUAUUUAUAAAUCCAACCCUUCCUGCAGUUCUAAUGUCAUACUAAACAACCAUGUGUAUGUUUUCCACUCAAAUAACCUGAAUGCACUUAUAAAGAAGUGACCUUUUACACAUUUACAACCUUACGUCCAAUGUAAAACAUGGCUUUGUGGAAAUGCAUUAAAGACAAUUUAACCA